GAUUUAUACCGAUCGGUCAUAACUGUGGCUGCACACUCGUUUAAUUGCUUGCUCUAGCCAUCAGAUCGGCUAAUCGUUCGAUCAAUUUGUCAUCAAGGAGCAAUGCAUUCGUCAUACGCUAUACCACAGACAAGGUAAGCAAUAAAAUGAUCAAGUAUAAAAACAAAUCAUCUGCCGUUUUGUAACUAUGAACAUAUAUAUAUGUAUACACAUAUAAAAUGCGAGACAGUGGGGAAUUUAAACUCGUAACUCGUCGAAAGAAACGUAUACCUCGUGUUCGAAAUAUAUGCCAUACGAGCACAAUUUUAACCACUAACGAUGACGAUGAUGGUAAUCUGAACAUUAAUUACGAAACACUGUUUGGAAAGCUACUAGAGGCUGAAGUUGAAGUAAAAAAUUCAUCAUUUGCUGACAAUGUUUUUCAUUACUUAAAAGAUUCUUUAACUGCUUUAAAUAGCAGUGGCAUUUGUGAUAUAUUGUGCUAUGGUUUGGGCCAUUUUUCUACUCACAGAUCCUCUAAAUAUCAAUUGGCAUUACUCUUAUCUUUGAAAAAACAUUAUAACCCUCAAAUUUAUGUCUAUGACCCAGUUUUUUCUUCUGAAGAAAUCAAGUUUCUGAAACAGCUUGAUUUUAAUGUUAUAACAAUUAAUGAAGAAUGCAAACGCAUUAUAGGUGAUAAUGUUACAUUGGUAUAUAUGCCACACUGUUCAGUACAUUUAAUCAACAAUUUCCUUUAUGCAAAUUGGUGUAAAAACUUAAAUAAGUGCAUCCUCUUGACAAAUAGUUUUUCAAUAGUUGCUGAUGACUUGAGAAAAACAAAUAAGUCUAGUCCUAUUGAUUAUGUCUUUCGUAUUCGACCAUACGUUACAGAAAUUGCUUUACGAAAUGAUUUCAUAUAUGAAGAAGUAUUCAAUGACUUAAGUAUUCAUACAUUUCUUGAACAAAAUAUUAAUGCAAUUCCUGAGAGUUUUUGGAGUACACGAGAAAAACCUUGCUAUCAAGAUAUAGAUAUUGAUUAUUUGACUGCUAAGCAAACUAAGGAAAUAGAUGCUAAGAAUUGUAACAAGCAAGAUGAAACCUAAUAUCAAGUUGCUUCGUACACUUAUACAAGAAAUUCGACGAACUUCAUCUCAACAAAAAU